CCGCCGGGUCUCCGGCCUUGAGGGCUCGGGCUCGCAGCGGCGGCGGUGGCCGCAAGAAGAGGCGGCGGGGGCGGGGGGAGAGGAGGGCCUGGGCCCGCGCUCCCCCAGCCCCGAAGGAGCAGGCGGCGGCCGCGGACACAGAGAUUCGCUAGAGCGGUCAGACACCCCUGCUUUCCCCGCCUGGGAUCAUGACCCAGGCGGGGGUCGCCGCUGCUGCCGCCACUACUGCGGCUGAGACCACGCAGCCCGCGGAAAGAAGAAAACAUAAUCUAUAGACCAUCUUCUGGCAAAACAUGAUAGAUUUGGAUCAGAAACAGGAGGUAUUGGAAGCCAGGAGUCAAAAGUAAAGAAACUCUGCAAGACCUUGGGUGAAAGAGGUUCCUAUCACUGUCACCAUGCCAGAAAUGACAGAGCAUGAAACUCCUACAAAAAAGCAGCAUAGAAAGAAAAACCGGGAAACACACAAUGCAGUGGAGAGGCAUAGAAAGAAGAAAAUUAAUGCUGGGAUUAACAGAAUAGGGGAGCUGAUCCCAUGUUCCCCAGCUCUAAAGCAGAGCAAGAAUAUGAUCCUGGACCAAGCCUUUAAAUACAUAACAGAAUUGAAAAGGCAAAAUGAUGAACUCCUGCUUAAUGGCGGAAACAAUGAACAAGCUGAAGAAAUUAAAAAAUUACGGAAACAACUGGAAGAAAUCCAAAAAGAAAAUGGCCGAUAUAUUGAAUUACUGAAAGCAAAUGAUAUAUGCUUAUACGAUGACCCCACAAUCCACUGGAAAGGAAAUCUUAAAAACUCAAAAGUGUCUGUUGUUAUUCCAAGUGACCAAGUUCAAAAAAAUAUCAUUGUUUAUUCCAAUGGGAGUCAGCCUGGUGGAAACAGCCAGGGGACAGCUGUUCAGGGGAUAACCUUUAAUGUCAGUCAUAAUUUACAAAAGCAAACCGCCAACGUGGUGCCGGUGCAGAGGACUUGCAAUCUUGUGACUCCUGUGUCUAUUUCUGGAGUUUACCCUUCUGAAAACAAGCCRUGGCAUCAGACCACAGUUUCUGCACUGGCUGCCAACCAGCCUGUUCCUCUUUGUCUUCCUGCUACCAUUUCUGCUCAAAAUAUUCUUGAGCUUUCCACCUCCGAAAGUGAAUCAAGUGUGCUUGGUGCCACUGGGAGCUCACUAAUUGCUGUUUCAGUUGGGUCUGAGCCUCACCAACAUCGGUCUUUGCACACAGGUCUAAAUGAUCAAAAUUCUUCUGAAACUAAUAAUGGGCAAGAGAGCCCUAAAUUAUUAAAGAGGACAGCCCCUUGUGUUACAAGUGUCCCCCCAAGCUCCUCAGCACCUGCCACUAAAGUACACUGUGGAACCAAGUCCUGUCUGAGUACACAGGACUUCAGAGGUGACUUUCAAAACACCUUUGUUGUUUCAGUUACCACUGCAGUCUGUUCCCAGCUCCCUAGAUCUGCAGGUGAUUCUUCUCCAGUGAGUGUUAGCAAGUGCACAAUCUCGACAAGUACAACCUCAGUGGUGGCACCAUCUGCCUCUGGAGUAGAGAAGACUACUACUCCUGUGAGCACUCUUUCUACAAAUCCUUUGGACAGUGGUUGGACUCUUUCUUGUUCUUUGCCUUCUUCAAGUGUUAGUGCUUCAGAUUUGAAAAACAUUAAUAGCCUUACUCGAAUUUCUUCAGCUGGAAACACACAGACAACGUGGACUACUUUGCAGCUGGCAGGAAACACUAUUCAGCCCUUAAGCCAGACACCAUCUUCCACUGUGAUUCCAGUACUAAAUGAGUCUGGUCCUAGCCCCACUGCAAGCAACCACAGUAGACACAUGGCUACAAGCAUCAACUUAAAUAAUUCCCUUCCAACAGAUGGGUUAUCAGUUGAGCAAGUAGUUGUAACCUUGCCUUCUUGUCCAUCUUUACCUGUGCAGCCACUAAUUGCCCAGCCACAAGUUAAAUCUCAGCCACCAAAAAAUAUCCUUCCACUGAAUUCAGCAAUGCAAGUGAUUCAGAUGGCUCAGCCAGUUGGGUCAGCUGUUAAUGCAACUCCAGCUAAUCAAAAUGUUAUCAUUCUUCAGCCCCCCAGCACUACCCCGUGCCCCACAGUGGUGAGGGCAGAAGUUCCCAACCAAACAGUAGGUCAACAGAUAGUCAUCAUCCAGGCAGCUAAUCAGAAUCCGUUGCCACUCCUCUCUGCUCCACCUCCUGCUUCUGUUCGACUCCCUGUCAAUGGAGCCAGUGCUAUAAUUGGGUCUAAUCAUUCAGUGCAAAAUGUUUCAACCCCACAAACUUUUGGAGGAAAGCACCUUGUCCACAUAUUACCAAGACCUUCAUCUUUGUCAACAUCUAAUUCAACACAGACUUUUUCUGUUACCAUGUCAAACCAACAACAGCCUCAAACCAUUUCUUUAAAUGGACAGCUCUUUGCUUUGCAGCCUGUGAUGUCUUCAUCAGGAACUACAAAUCACACCCCUAUGCAAAUUAUUCAACCCACCACCAGCGAAGAUCCAAAUACCAAUGUUGCCCUGAAUACAUUUGGUGCUUUGGCCAGCCUCAAUCAAAGCAUCUCACAGAUGGCUGGGCAGAGUUGUGUGCAACUAUCUCUUAGCCAGCCUGCCAAUCCUCAAAUUGCUGCAAAUAGUCAAACCUCCCCAACUAACUGUGUUUCAUUAACAACAACUGUAGCACCUCCCAUGACAACUGACAAUUCGGCCAUACCCCCUGGUACUUUUAAUCUUGUGACUACUUCCUCAAUGAACACUGUUGCUUGUUUGCCACCUACCACAAAGUCAAAAAGAUUAAAUAAGAAGCCAGGUGCCAAGAAACAUAUAGCAGCUAGCAAACCCACAUGUCCUCUGAAUCCAGUCAGAGAGGUGGGCAAGUCAGACUGCCCCAACAUGGAAAGCGCAGCAGAGCCAUCAUGUACUCCUGGACUGCUGGAAAGCCUUCCUGUUGUGCUACCACCUGUCACUCUGUCCCAGGCAAAUAGUGGAAGUGUUUCUGCUUCACAUUCUUUGGACAUGCUAAAUUCUGAAUCAGUAAUACCUGAAUCUGUAUCCAAAUCUAAGUCAGCAGAAGAGUCUAGCUCACCCUCCCAAGAAUCUGGAACAAGUGAACAUUGUGCAGUAGCCCCAGCAAAAUCCAAAGAUUCUACYCCCAUUUUGCAAAGAGAGACUUCUCAGGAUAAACCACCAAGUAGCUUAGCAUUGUCAGAUGCUACCAAAUCCUGUACGUCAGCCAAUGUAUUGAUUCCAUCUCCAAAUCCUCAGAUUUUGGUUUCUCAGGUGUCUGGUUUGUCAUCCUCCACAAGGACUACAAGUACUGACUGUGUUUCUGAGGUAGAAAUCAUUGCUGAACCUUGCAGGAUCGAGCAAGAGUCAUCUUGCAAUGACUCUGAUACAAUGCAAACUGCAGGUCUCUUAAAAGGGCAAGGUUUAACUACAUUACUAUCUGAUGUUGCUAAAGAAAAAGACCCCCAGAAAUCAACUCUUUCUGACCCUAUGGAUCAUCCUGACUUUUCUUCAGAAAAUUCUAAGAUAAUUGAUUCAAGUGUUGAUUUACACCCCAAGCAGGAACUGUUACUGAUGAACAACGAUGAUAGAGAUCCACCACAGCAUCAGUCCUGCCUACCUGAUCAGGAAGUUAUUAAUGGUUCUUUGCUCACCAGUAGGCAAGCUGACUCCCCCUCAUCAACCAGCUCUGGAAGUACUCGCAGUUUCUCAGUUGCAUCCAUGCUUCCCGAAACAACUAGAGAAGAUGUGACCAGCAGUACCUCAACUAAUACAUGUGACAGCUAUACCUUUGCAGGGCAACCUGAUAUAGUAGCUCUUGCAGCAACAGUUAUUUUUGGCCAUCACAACAUUGAGAAGGGAAGAGUUGGCAUUCAGGCUGAUGUAAGGGAGGGUACUUCAAAGCCUUCUGAAGCAUCAUCUUUAGAAGGAGACCAGUCUUUCAAAUCACAGAUCCCUAAAGAGAAUGGCACAGGACAGACAGAAGCAACACCAAAUGAACUUAACUCUCAGGAUUCAAUUGAAGUAACAGUGGACAGGCCCCUUGAAAAACCAAGUUGCUCUCUAGGAAUUAAAACAUCAAAUGGUUCCUUACAGGUUUCAACUUCUCAGCCACCAAGCCUCACCAGUUUAAGUGUGAAUAAUCUCAUCCAUCAGAGCAGUAUCAGCCAUCCAUUAGUCAGCUGUGCAGGUCUGUCCCAAACUUCAGAGCGAACAACUGCUUCUGCAACAGUUAAUCUGACUGUUUCCUCUAGCUCCUACAGCAGCCAGCCUCCUGGACCACCUCUGAUGACAGAAUAUUCUCAAGACCAGCUAAGUACUAUGAAUAAUACCAUACCGAAUUCACAGAUUCAAGAGUCCCUCUUAAAGCCAAGUCACGAAAGCCGAAAAGAUUCUGCUAAGCGCUCUGUCCAAGAUGACCUUUUACUGUCUUCAGCCAAACGUCAAAAGCAUUGUCAACCAGUCCCCCUCAGGCUUGAAAACAUGUCCCUAAUGAGUGGAACUCCAGACAGCAUUUCUGAUCAAACUCAAAUGAUGGUUAGUCAGCUCCCUCCCAAUUCUUCAAACUCAGUUGUGCCUGUUAGCAACCCAGCACAUGGAGAUGGCCUUACACGAUUAUUUCCACCUGGUAACAACUUUGUGUCCCCUGCAUUGAGGCAAGCUGAAGUUCAGUGUAGCUCUCAGCCUUCAGUUGCUGAGCAGCAGCAAACCCAGGCAAGUCAACAUCUACAAGCCCUGCAACAGCAUGUUCCAGCUCAAGGUGUAUCUCACCUUCAUAGUAACCAUCUGUACAUCAAGCAGCAGCAGCAACAGCAAGCAGGGCAAUUAAGAGAAAGGCAUCACUUGUAUCAACUGCAGCAUCACGUACCUCAUGCAGAGACUGCUGUUCACUCUCAGCCCCAUAAUGUGCACCAACAGAGAACUCUGCAACAGGAAGUUCAGAUGCAGAAAAAAAGGAAUCUCGUUCAGGGCAGUCAGGCCUCUCAGCUUUCCUUACAACCAAAGCAUCAUGGAACUGACCAAGCCAGACCCAAGAGUGGCCAGCCACAUCCCCACCAUCAGCAAAUGCAGCAACAGAUGCAGCAACACUUUGGAAGUUCCCAGCCAGAAAAGAGCUGUGAAAACCCUUCAACUAGCCGGAACCAUCACAGCCAUCCCCAAAACCACCUCAAUCAAGAUAUUAUGCACCAGCAGCAGGACGUUGGAAGCAGACAGCCAGGAUCAGGGAUUUCUUCUGAACAUGUGUCUGGGCAUAAUCCAAUGCAGAGACUUUUGACAUCAAGAGGCUUGGAGCAGCAAAUGGUGUCCCAAUCAAGUAUUGUGACUAGACCUUCAGAUAUGACCUGUACUCCACACAGGCCAGAGAGAAAUCGCGUUUCCAGUUAUUCUGCUGAGGCACUCAUUGGAAAGACAUCUUCUAAUUCAGAGCAGAGAAUGGGUAUAUCAAUUCAGGGUUCCAGAGUUUCAGAUCAGCUUGAAAUGAGAAGCUAUCUUGAUGUUCCCAGAAAUAAAAGCUUGGCUAUUCAUAAUAUGCAGGGUCGUGUAGACCAUACUGUUGCCUCAGAUAUUCGCCUUUCUGAUUGUCAGACAUUUAAACCAAGUGGAGCUGGUCAGCAGCCCCAGAAUAAUUUUGAAGUACAGUCUUCAAGAAAUAAUGAAAUAGUUAACCCUGUAUCUUCAUUGAGGAGUAUGCAGUCUCAGGCUUUUCGGAUUAGUCAAAACACUGGCCCACCACCAAUUGACCGUCAAAAGCGAUUACCGUAUCCACCAGUUCAGAGCAUCCCAACAGGAAAUGCUAUCCCACCAAGGGAUAGUGAAAAUACAUGUCACCAAAGUUUUAUGCAGAGUUUGCUUGCCCCUCAUCUUGGUGAUCAGGUCAUUGGGAGCCAGAGAUCACUCUCAGAACAUCAGAGGAAUACACAGUGUGGUCCAUCCUCUGCAAUUGAAUAUAAUUGUCCUCCAGCUCACGAAAGUGUCCAUAUUAGAAGAGAGAGUGAGAAUCAGAAUAGGGAAAGUUGUGACAUGUCUUUAGGUGCAAUUAACACAAGGAACAACUCCUUGAAUAUUCCUUUUUCAAGUUCCUCUUCCUCAGGAGAUAUUCAAGGYAGAAACACAAGUCCCAAUGUUUCUGUACAGAAGUCCAACCCCAUGAGGAUUACUGACAGUCAUGGGACCAAGGGCCACAUGAACCCUCCUGUCACAACCAACAUGCAUGGGGUUGCAAGGCCAGCUUUGCCACACCCAUCUGUGUCUCAUGGAAAUGCUGACCAAGGCCCUCCKGUACGUCAAGCCAAUUCUUCAGUUCCCCAGAGAUCAAGACAUCCCUUGCAAGAUAGCAGUGGUUCCAAAAUUCGUCAACCUGAGAGGAAUCGUUCUGGAAACCAAAGGCAUAGUAAUGUCUUUGAUCCAAGUCUUCCCCAUCUUCCUCUCUCUACUAGUGGCAGUAUGAUUCUUGGACGUCAACAGCCCACUACGGAGAAGAGAGGAAGUAUUGUUCGUUUCAUGCCCGAUAGUCCACAAGUCCCUAAUGAUAAUUCAGGUCCUGACCAGCAUACGCUAUCACAGAAUUUUGGUUUUCCUUUUAUUCCUGAGGGUGGUAUGAAUCCACCAAUAAAUGCUAAUACUUCUUUCAUUCCACAGGUUACGCAGCCCAGUGCCACUCGAACUCCAGCCCUCAUUCCAGUAGAUCCUCAAAAUACUCUACCUUCAUUCUAUCCCCCAUAUUCUCCUGCUCAUCCUACACUGUCCAAUGAUAUUUCAAUCCCUUAUUUUUCUAAUCAAAUGUUCUCAAAUCCUAGCACAGAGAAGGUAAACAGUGGAAGUUUAAAUAACCGAUUUGGAUCAAUUUUAUCUCCUCCCAGACCUGUUGGCUUUGCUCAACCAAGUUUUCCUUUACUCCCUGAUAUGCCACCAAUGCACAUGACCAACUCUCACUUAUCCAAUUUUAAUAUGACAUCUUUGUUUCCAGAAAUAGCAACAGCUCUUCCUGAUGGCUCAGCAAUGUCUCCUUUGCUUACAAUAGCAAACUCCUCUGCCUCUGACUCUUCCAAGCAGUCCUCGAACAGACCUGCCCACAACAUAAGCCAUAUUUUAGGUCAUGAUUGCAGUUCAGCUGUUUAAAUAUAGAUAAACUAAAUGUGAAGAUAUUAAAGGUCUUGAGUGAGAUUAUAAAAGUACUUGUGUGUGCAUGCACACGUACAUGUACGUGUACAUGAAGAGAGGAAUUUUGUUUGUGUUUGUAUAAUCAAUUUUCAAUUAUCUUCUGAAUGUAGGGAUCCAUGUCCAUGUCUGAGAUCAUGCAAAAUUUGUCAAAAACAAAUUAUGUUUUUUUAAGUGCAUGGAGUGUUUUUUAUGUUUCAAGCUUUCAAGCAUAUUGACAUUUCCAAGUUUGAUUUGUAAUUUUAUAUUCCCUGAAUGUAAGUCAACUGAAAAUUGGGGGACCUCACCUUGGUAUGUGCUGAGUGGUAGGAAGGGACUGAGAUUUUAAGCAUCAUCACUGGUAAUUUUUAAAAUAGUUGAGUUUUUAUUCAAAACAUAAGCAACUUGAUAAAGCCAAUGGCUUAUAACCAGAUGAUGGAUGGUGUCAACAUCUAAAAAAAUUUCUCAGCUGUGACGGUGUUGAAUUGAUGUUAAAUUAAAUGUCCAUACAGUCAAGCAGAUAGCAGAUAAAUUAAUUAUCUAAUAAGCCUUCAUCCUAAAGUUUGGCUUAGGGAAAGUCUUCUUUCUUGAUUCUAAUUAUUCAUAAGUUAUCUGUUCUUCAAAGUAGGGAGCCACUUUGUCCUUUAAUGUGCCAGGAUCUUUAAAGCAAAAGUCUUCCCAGACAAUUAGCCUUAAAAAUAGAAAGGUAAAAAGUAAAGGACACAAUUGUUCUCCAUCACGUACUUGUAUUUUGCAUCAGGCCAUAAGGAUAAAAGCAGUUAUAUAGUGGAGUUUUUCAUGGAGUCAUUAACAAUUGGUGUUUUGUCAAUUGAGUUUUAAUUUAGUGUUCUCUCUUCAUUCAUUUAUUUGACUUUGAAAUAAAUUCUUUUCCAUUAAUUUAAAUAUUAGGACUGAUCAGCAAGUCAUGCAUUUAGGAUCUUUAUGUUUAUUUGAGUCUUACUUUUAAAAAUAUUUCUGAACAGAGUUUUAAGCUCUCUCAGCAUUUUCAUUUAGCCAUAUUUAUAUUUUAAAUAAGGCAUUGUAUAUUGCAUUAUUAUCCUUUAUUCAAAAUUAUCAUAAUGAGAAGAUGUGUUGGUUCAAUAUUUUUUCUUGAUGGUAAAUGUGAAAUGGUGCUUCAAAAAAAUACAGUCUCUAUAUAUGCCCAUGUGUGUAUGUGAGAGAAUAUAUGAAAACGGACAGAUUUUAAAGUAUAAACUGGUCCCUACUAUUCCACAAUGUAUACAUACUUAAAAACAUCAUGUUGUACACCAUAAAUUCAUGCAAUUUUAUUUAUCAAGGAAAUAAAUUUGAGAAAAUAAUAGGUUUGCCAUCUGAAAAUAGGAAAUUGAGACCUGCUAAAGUAUAGAAAAACUUGAUGCAGGUGAGGUUUUUUUUAUAAAACCCCCAGGAAUUUAAUAAUAAAUUUUAAAACAUGCAUUGAAUUUUGAGAACUAAAACAAAUGAGCAAAACCCUAAGAAAACAGUUAUAUAUGAUAUGCUGAUUUUUUAACCCUGUUAAACUAUGACUUUUUGUUGUUAUAUUCUGCCCAAAAUGGAAUGAGGUGGGGAAAAUGCAUAUAAAUUGUUCUGUCUGCUCUGUUAAAAAAAAAGUAAAAUCUGGGACCAGCAUUUAUUUCCAUCCCAACAAAGCCUCCUGUGGCCUGGUCAGAGCAAUUACCUCCUGCAUCCCUCUUCUGCAGACUGAAAUGGUCACUUAUGCCUCUUCACUGUUCUCACCAAACCUUACCAUCUGUUUCUGCUGCCUGCUAAAGCAGUCUCCAGGAGCAAAGAAAUAGCAUAAACCAUAGAAACCUGUAUUGCCUCCCUUCAAAAUGGUCUUGGGGAGAAAAUAGGAGAACUUCAUGAAUAAGUUACUUAUAUAAGAAUGUAUAAACAUAGCAAUUACACUUUUUUUGGAGAAAAACCACAGCAAGAUCUACAACUUGUUUUUUAUUUCUCUGAAUUUUAAGCUUUAAUAUUCAAUUUUUUCUUAGUACUUGAAAAGUUCAAUCUGCCAAUUUUGGAGGGGGGAGUACUGGGGAUUUAAUGGGGUGCUUGACCACUGAGCCACAUCCC